CACCUGUUGCCCACCUGCUGUCCACCCUGAUAUUUCUCACACUUUCAUAUCUUCACACAAACAAUGCCACCUGUCACCAGAGCGCAAGCAAAACAUGAAUUUCCAAAAUUCUUUCCAGAAGCUUCCCGCGACGCGUCAACUUUCGCGCUGAGGCAGCCGCAUAGAACCGGGAAACACGCCAAGUUGGUCGAUUGGAUCGUAUUGAACCCAGGCACAGGCGCGACGCAUCACGAUACAGCCGACCCCAUUACUAGACUCUUCCAAAAUAUUUUCAAGCAAUCUGAUUACCUUCGUCAUCUAAGAUUUCGACGGACGUACCCCGUGGAAGCACCACACACUGAAUGGCUCAUGCUGUCGUGGAGCUCUGCGGAUAUGCGCAACGAAUUUAUCAACUCAGACGAGUACCAGUGCCUUACCGAGACCCUUGCCGCUUGGGCUUCCGAGCGAUCCGUCCAAGUAUCUAUGAUCGAUCUGUCCCAGACACUUGGGGCUGCAUUCCAUGAAGGCGCGUUCCGGAACCAGUAUGUCGGUGCAAUAGAGUACUACGAGCUCAUGGCCGUGUAUUUUCCUGAGGAUCUGGCGCGCUCACAGAUUCAGGAGCUGAACCGCACCAAUCCAUACAAUCUUGGAAUUCUCAUUGGCUCUGAUGUGUACCCCUUGGCAGGGCUAACGGACUGGCAGCAUGGAUGGCUUGAUCGACCGGUGCUCUUCCAAGGGCAACGUGCCCGGUGUCUCGUCUACUUGCUGCGGUGGGAGAAUGCCGACCGCGAGCACGAGUACAAAAAUUUCCACGUUAAGGUUAACAAGAACAUUGUAGAUUACUGGAAGGAAUUUGCCACCACAUUGAAGCAGAAUGGGAUGUUUGGCUACGAAUCGCAACAUGCAUCAAUACUUAGACAGUCGGUCGGAUCGAUGCUAGGUGACUAGAAGAUGUUGAAGUUGUGAGAAUCCAUGGAAACGUAGUUAGAGAUCGCGGAAAACAGGUUUAUUCAUAGAUCGAUACACAGAAGUAAAUUCUG